AUGGCUAAAAACUCGCUACAAAACCAGAAUUUAUGUAUAUUAAUAGCGGGAGUGAUUGUUGAAGACACAUUAUAACCGGAAAAGUUAAAAAGAAAAGUUCGUAAAAAGUGGGUGUGCAAACAUGAAAUUCCCCAACACCGUCAGUCGGAAUACGUUUAAGGCGUAUGUCAAUGUAAAGCAUAGCAAAGAAAAAUCGACGAUACAUUUGAACGCAAUUAAUCUUGACUGGGAUGCCAACAACAUUGACUCGUUGCGAAUCAUGUGCAUCAAAUCAAUAGCUGAACAUUGGCAGGAAUAUCCGAUUUUCUCGGACAUACCAAACGUUGAAGACCGAAACUAUUUACUCGACAUUGUAGACACACAGAUUCCAAUCGGCAUAUUAGCCAGUCACAUAGCCGAAGAUGUGUUUUGGCGUCGUUGCUUUACUGACAAAUGGACGAAUUUCCAUCCAUCCGUUGUGGACAAGCCUUGGAUCACAAUUUUUAUGGAAAAGUAUUUCUCCGAAAUUAUCGAACGACUGAAACCCGGCCAGUACAAUGAAGAGGAAAUGCAAAAUAUUCUAGACGUCUGUGCACCGCAUCUAGUAACUCUGCGUACGAAUGAGCUGCAACCGGCGUUGGAUGACGAAAACAAUCACAUCCCAUUCGAUUUCAUUUUAUCGAAUCUUCCGCAACUGAAGUACAUUGAUUUAACGUUCGAUUUGAAGAGCAUCGGACAGAAUUUCUAUUUGCAUUGUUCGAGCAUAUCGAGAAAUGAUAUCCAAAGUCUAGCGUCUGGCAUAAAAAAGUGCUAUGAACUUGUUGGAUUUCGCAUCCAUUGCAACAAAUUGGAACCGUAUAUGCUGCAGUUGCUGGCCCAUGCAUUGGAUAAAGGGAGUACGGAUAUCGAAAAUUUAACGUUUAGCAAUUGUGGAUGCGGUGAUAUGGGAUUGGUAGCGUUUUUGGACAUUCUGAAUCAUGAAUCGUUUCCGAACUUGAAGUGUUUGGUUCUGACAAAUAACAACUUCACUCAAGAGGGAAUUAUUGAACUUGCUGAAGUUAUCAAAACUAGAAAUAUCCAGACACUAGAUCUUCGAAUGAAUCCAAUUGGUUGUGAUGGAGCAGCUGCUAUAUUCGGCAUAAUGUUACAAGGAACACCAAUUCAACAUUUGAAUCUUGCUGGUUGUUCGAUAACGGACGAAAUUGAGCCGCUACUCAUUCUAUUUCUGGAAACCAAUCGAAUAGUACGUCGGUUAAAUUUGUCAUCGAAUAAUUUAGGAGUGGACUUGGGUGAAAGAAUCGCUAGAACGAUUGAUGUGGCCCGACAGCUGCAGGAAUUUGAUCUACGGAACACGAACAUUAGCGGAAAUGAUAAAUGGAUUAUAGAUUCUGUUAUAUUAGAGAAUAGGGAUAAGUGUUACUACUGAGUUUGUUGAAUAUAAUGA